AUGAACGACCAAUCGCAGAUGAUGAUGAAUUUGAACCAGAUGAGCCAGCCUCAGAUGAUGAAUCAGGUGCAGAUAAUAGGUCAGUCGCAGGCUCAGAUGCUCUCGCACAAUCAAGGAAUGAAUCAGCAACCGCAGCCUCAGAUGAAGACAUCACAGAUUAUGAUGAACCAGUCUCAGCCUCCGAUGAUGAAUCGCGGAUACAAGGUUUGGUCUCAGCAACCUCCUUUGGACCCUAACAUGAAAUUUCAGAACCCUAUGAAACCGAAUUACCGGAGUAACUGGAAGGGGAAGAAGGUCACUGACAAACGUAAGGACCCUAGGAGAAUGGAAAAACCCAAUCCCAGUGGAAUCGCAACUCUCAGUAUUCAAAACACAGGUGUCGUCGGUUACCAGCCUCCGACGCUGAACGAGUUGCAAUCGCAAAAUCGGUUAAAAGCGCGUAAGUUCUAUCCUAAGAAGAAGUUUAAUAAUAGGUUUGCUCCUUACGCCCCUAGAAAUACGACGUCGUUUAUUAUUCGUGCGAAGAAGUCCGGUGGCAUAGCAUCGCUUGUGUCUCCUUGCCCUGUGACCCCCGCAGUCCUUCCCACGCCUAUAUUGUCGCCAUCGAGGGAGGUGUUGGGUGAUAUGGCGAAGGAAGAGUGGGGUGUUGAUGGAUAUGGGUCGAUGAAGGGUUUGAUUAGGCUUCGAUCGCCUGGGAAUGAGGCUGAUGUUCAUGAUUAUGAGGAUGAGGAGGACGGUGGUUCGAGUGAGAGUGAUGUGGAGGAGCAUGUGGAGGUGGAGAGGAGGCUGGAUCAUGAUUUGAGUCGGUUUGAGAUGAUAUACCCUAAUUAUGGAGUGGAUUACAAUAAUGUGUUAGAGAAUAGAGUUGAUGAUCAGGAUUCCCAUAUAGCCCAGUUGGAGGAGGAGAACUUGACGUUGAAGGAGCGCCUUUUCCUGAUGGAGAGAGAACUGGGCGAUCUGCGAAGGAGAUUGAUGUAUCUUGAGAGGCAGAACCAAGCAGUGGAAGAUGUCAAUGAGGAAGUGGUGGAGAAUGGGUCUGAUAAUGAGAGCGAGGGUGGAUCUGAUGUUCCGGUUAUAGGAAUUGAGAAUAAUGUGGGGAUGGUUGACUCGGUGCGGGACGGUGGGAGAGAUGGAAGCAUUGAGGGGAAUGCUAAGUUGGACAAUGAUGGAGUAUCAGAGGCUGAAGGUGUAGAUAAUGUUUUUAUGGAAGUGUCUGUUCCAAACCAGGCUGUCGCAGAGAAGGAUGGGAUCAGAGGUAAUGAAUUGGGGAAUGACUGUGUGUUUGAUGAAGUGAAUGAAAAGGAUGGGCUGAAAGAUGAAGUGGUGACACAACAGUGUUUGUCUGAUAAAAUCUUUGCAAAAGAAAAUGAUGUAAUGGAUAACAAAGAAUGUGGUGAUUUUGAAAUGCUGGACAGAAAUAAUGAAUCAAAAAGUCAAGGAGCAACAGAUGAAAAUACAAAGGACUUAGUGUUAAAUGAGACGGAUGAAAGCAAGAGUCAAGUAGUUGGGACAAGUUCAGAGACUGCCGGAGAUGAUGACUUGCCUGUCCCAUGUUAG